AUGACAGAUUGCAGAAUUAUCAUGAUUCAUAUCAGUCAAAUCAGGCCAAGAAAUAAAGCCCAAAUUAAAAUCACCCACCAAGCACACAUUUUCUACAAUAUCGGAAACGUUAUCUUUAUAUCUAAAUUAAUAAAGCGCUUGUUCCAGCUUGUCGGCGCACCAUGCGGUCAACACGGCCAGUACACAUUCUACAAGGCGAUCCGGCUCACAGGACCAAAGGAAAAAAUCGUUGCCAUUGGAGAUUUCUUCUUUGUGAGGGUAUGGCAGGACUCCGAACUAGUGUCCAUCGGUGAACUGCAACUCCUGUGGACGGACCGGGUCUCCGACCAGACCCUGGUCUCCUUGAGGCUUUACUUCCUACCUGAGAACACGCCUGAUGGGAGGAGUCAACAUGGCGAGGACGAGGUCCUCGCAAUCAAUGACAAGGUGGUCCUCCGUGCCGAGGACCUGCUAAGCUGGGUCUGCAACGGAUCCGGGUGGAGGUGGGGCCUGAAAGCGGUGUGGAGGGGCGCCUGUGCGCCCCCCAGCGCACCUUGCCCAACCUCACCCCUGCAUCACACGAAGCUUGACUUCAGCGAUGUUGAGAAAGAAAAAAGCUCGAUAACGGUAGAGGUAGAAGAUCCAGGUGUGGUAGUGUUUUCCUACCCGCGGUACUGCCGCUAUCGGGCGCUGUUAGCCAGGCUGGAUGGCAUCCAGGCCGACUGGUUGAGGGAUUCCCUGGUCGCCGCCCUGGGGGGUUACGCUGCACCGACUAAGAACACUAGGAUUUUAUAUUGUAAGGACACCUUCGAGUAUCCUGAGCUGGAGGGCCACGAGUUCGUCUGCAACCACCUGGCUCCGAAGCUGAAGGGCCGGCCGCGCGGACGCAGACGAAGAGCGGCGCGGUCGCGCGACCGAUCGCCUGACCAGUCGCCCGACCAGUCGCCCGACUCGCAAUCUAGCGACAGCGACAGAAACUCGCCCGAGACUAAGGCUCCCAGAAGAAUAUCACUCCGCAAUGGAGCAGAGAAGCAGAGCGAGGGAGAAGAGGAGAUCGAGAAGAAACCAGAAGAGAUAGCCAAAGACGAAGCGUUCUUGCAACAGCUGAAGGAAUUCCUUAAAAGUCAGAACGACAACCUUAAAAUAUCACACACUGUUAAAAAUGUGUCCCUGCGCUCGCUGUACGCGUGGGUGGUGGCGCGCGGCGGGCUGGCGGCCACCCGCGACGCGAUGUGGCGGCGGCGCUACGGGCACCGCGCCGCGCGCCUGCGCAGGCUGUACCAGAGAUACCUCCUCCAGUACGAACACUACCAAAGAUGGAACGGUCUAAUAUCGAGGUCGAACGGCAAAAUCGAGGAGCCGACCCAUAUAGACACCAUAGACGUCACGGACUCCCCCAUAAGGGAAGUGGAAGAGAAACCAGUACUACCCGAGAAGAGACUCCGUACCCCCUCCCCAAAGAAACUAAAACCGGAAAAACUUAUCCUGGUCAACGAAACGGGAGAACCGACUAAGGAGGAAAUGGACAUAACGUCGAAACCCGCCGAGGAGUUGAACAGGGAGUUCCUCGACUCCCUCCCCAAUCCACCCAAGGAGGAGGAAAAAGGGAAGAUAUUCGUUAAACCUGUCGAGAAGUUAAUAGAGCCGAGUCUGAAAGUUUCGCAUGAUUCAGUCACUUCCGUGUACAUCAACAAUUCGACGCAGAAAUUGAAUUUGGGCACCGAACCCCGCUACCUCCAGCAAGCACCGCAAGCGCUUCCCACCGACAGCCUGAGCAGCCUGUCUUCACUGGGAGACAAGUACACGAACGGACACACAACAUCUAGACCGGUGGGUCGCAGUUCCCUCCGUGCAGUCCGAGUCAAGCCCACCCGCCCCCCCACCGCCACACUAUUACACCUCCACCCACCCCCCACAGCGCCCAUCCCCCCCCUGCGCGCGGACAGCUCCCCCCCGGGCGCCCCCCCCAUCAACAACUUCGGCAUCCACCACCCGCCGGCCAGCCACAGCGAUGACGAGAUCGUCGAGGUACCCUAUAAACCUAAGAGCCCUGAAAUCAUCGACCUAGACGAAUACCCAGAAAGUCCUCAAGGUAUCAAGAAAAAGAAACUGGAAAUCCUCAAAGAAAGGGGCUUAGAGGUCACUGCAGUGCCCCCAGGUCCAGUGUGGGCCACUCCUCUUCCAACCCCCAUAACCCCCCUCAUCAACCCUAACCCCAUAAUCCUAAAUCCAGCACUGCAGCACCAAUUUAUGACUCAAGCUCAAAUAUUCCAAAUAUGCAAUGUAUUACCACCGAUGUACCCGAAGGAUAUCCAAGCGCCAAAAGUCAUUCAAGCUUCCAGCGCCUUUGGAACAGCUGGGCCAGAAAAAACGGUGUAUGGGAAUCCUAAGGACCCCUUCAUGCCGCCCCCUCACGUCCUGCAAGGGACUCCCAUAAAGCCACAGAGGAGCAUCCAGACGGCGACCGCGACCCCUCAGGAUAUCUUAGACUUAACCUGCAAAACCCCUACGACCCCCACCCAGAAGCCGGCCGUCGAGAUAGUCAGGAUACCGCCCGCCCCCUCCCCCUCGAAAACCCCAAACGCCCCCCAGAAUUUAAGCAAGAACUAUACACUUCUAGAUGGGAAAGCGGUCGUUGGCUCAAACUUAGAAAUAACCUUAGUUAACGCGAAACCCCAGACGCCCCCAAAACGACCCCCUCAAAAGCGUUCAUCGAACGGAAAAUUCGUGUCCGCGAAGACACCUACACCUCCCAAAGACUACCCCAAGCCCUACCCCUCCCCCAAAAAAAAUCCUAUCGUGGUCCCCAGCUACCAGAUCCCGGAUGAAGUGUCCACCAGCUCCUUGAAAGAGCCGGUGCCCCCCGGCGCCUUCAAGGGCCAAAACCUCCAGAUGGGGGAGACCCAGAAGCCCCCGCUGGCCCCCUUCAUGGACCCACUGUACAUGAACGCCCUCUACAGUAGCCUGGGCCCCCUGGAACAGCAUCAGCUCGCCUUAUAUCGUGACAUGAUGACCCAGUUCCGAGGGUACAGCGGCCUUCUCAACAUCGGGACCCCCACAACGAAGAAUUAGUUAAUCUAGUAAUCUAGUCGGAAUGCGUUGCUAUAUUCGCAAAACGGAUCGUUUAGCAUACGAACCGUUAAACUUACACACCGAUGACGAAGAAUUAUUCGGUUCCUAUAUUCGAAAACGAUUUGUUUUGCUUCCGAAUCGUUAUAUUUAAAACGUCUUGGUCAAAUUUUAACGACUCGUAAGUAAAACAAACCGGUUUCUGAAUAUAGCAACCCGGCAUUAUUCAAUCUAGUCGGACGAAACCCGUUGCU